GCGACCACUGGCGUCCGCCUUCCAGCCGUCACCAAAACAACGGGUAUCUGUUCUUCUUGCAGCACAUUGAUGCCGUCAAAUGCUUCUCUCUUAGGAUGAGACCUAACUUUGAAGGCAUGCCGUAAUCGAAUUGCUCUGCAUAACGAUUAACGUGUAACAAUGUCUGAUUUUGCGUCCAACACAGAUUGCGCAUCUGGAUUCGGCUAACAGGGUAGCUAACUAGCGGCUGUUAUCUGAGCUCCCGUUAUAAGAAGCACUCGUUGGCGUGCUAUUACAUUUGCCCCAGUUGGCUCGAGAGUAGCCUGCGACUACAAGGAAAACGAAAAUGUAAAUGGGCAUGGAACAGAAGAGACGGGAACUGGUUGUGCCAGUGAUGGCCUCUUCUCUCCCCGUCUCCCUCCUCCUGUUGGCAUUGCUGUCACCUGUCUGCCUGGCAGGUGACUGCAAGGGCCACAGGCAAGUUUUGAGGGGACCACCUGGCUAUGUCACAGAUGGACCGGGAAACUACUCUGUCAAUGGGAACUGCGAGUGGCUCAUUAAAGCACCCAGCAACAGCCAUCGCAUUGUUCUGAAUUUCACCUUCAUGGACACUGAGUGCACCUACGACUACCUGUUUGUUUAUGAUGGAGACUCUUACCAGAGCCCUCUUUUAGCUAGUCUCAGUGGCAACACUCUGCCCCAGCCUAUUGAAGCCAAGUCUGGCAAGAUGCUGCUCCAUCUAUUCAGCGAUGCCAAUUACAACCUUUCGGGCUUCUAUGCAACCUACACCUUCUCGCUGUGCCCCGGGGCAUGUGGUGGUCAUGGACGCUGUGAUGCCCAAACAUCCAAGUGUCAUUGCCAUCAGGGUUGGGGAGGAGCUGCCUGCUCAACACCUCUGUGCUCUCAGACCUGCUCUGCACAUGGUCAUUGUGACAAAAGAGGGGAGUUUUGUAUGUGUAACCCAGGCUUUCUGGGCCACAGCUGCCAACUGGGCCUCCAGGAUGACAGUGGAGCGGGUCAAUGGUGGCGUGUUAGUGAGGGAAAUCCCUAUGCCCCUCCCAGGACUGGCUCGGCUGGCACUUACCUGUCCUCUACGGGUGCAAUGUACUUGUUUGGAGGUUUUGACCUCAACAGAGCCCUUGGAGAUUUGAUCAAGUACAACUUCACAUCCAAUCAGUGGGAGAGCCGAUCCUACGGUCACUCUCCAUUGGCUCGUCAUUCACACACGGCCGUGGAGUGGGCGGGUAACAUGAUCAUAUUUGGAGGUCAGCUUGCAAACGGUUCACUUGCCAGCGAUGUCUGGAUGUACCGACCACUCCAGGACGACUGGCAGCAACUCGGCUUCUCAAAUUCUGAUGGGGCCCCAAAACUAGCCAAUCACGCUGCUGCUAUAGUGGACAGUUACCUGUAUGUUUUCGGAGGACGCACAGAGGAUGAUAUGUUCUCAUCAUCACUGUACCGAUUCAGCCUGCGUGGCUCUGGACUCUGGGAAGCGGUUCAGCCCACUGGUGGGAAGCCCCCUGCCACUGCUGGCCACUCCAUGGUCUAUCAUGAACCCUCCAAGACCCUCCUUGUUUAUGGAGGUCACAGGCCCACCACUGCGAGGUUUAGCGUUCGAGUAAACAACACAGAUGUAUUUCACGUGGAGCGGCGAUUUUGGACGUCCUUCCGUUCCCGGUUUCCCACAACAGGCCCCAGAGAACGAGCCUUCCACUCUGCAACUGUGAUUGGGAAUUACAUGGUGGUCUUUGGUGGUAAUGUUCACAUUCACUAUCAAGAGGAGAAGUGUUAUGAUGAGGAGAUAUUUUUUUACCAUCUGGGUUGUCACCAGUGGGUAUCUGCUGGAGAGAGAUGGCUGCUCGGUGGAGAGCGUGUGAAAGGGCGCUACUCCCAUGUCGCUGCUGUGAUGGAGGGAAGAGUGCUUCUCAUUGCUACCGGUUACAGUGGUGUGGCCCGUGGAGACCUGAUGGCUUUCAAAGUUCCAUUGUUUGUCAGUAGUGAUCAAGGUGACAGGGAUGCUGUGUGUUCUGAGGCUCUAGAUGAAAGCAUGUGUUUGAAAAAUCCAGAGUGCAGCUGGUGUGAAGGCCGCUGUCGAGAGUAUCAACCCAUUCACCCGUGUGGCAGUACUGGCUGUCUGGGUCUGGCGCGUUUCCUCUCCGACUGUCAGUCCUGUCUGGUGUUCAGCGGCACUCCAGCUUCCCUGGCUCGGGCUCCGGGUGAAUUUGGAUGGUGUGUUCAGAACGAAUCCUGCUUGCCAGCAUCAGAGCGCAGUGCGUGCCGUGUGGACCAGAUCUCAGGGGCGUACGGCUGGUGGGGGGAGCGUACCCUUUUCCUAACCUCCCUCCACUCCUGUCGCACCGAGAACUAUGUCCCAGGACUGCACCUGCUCACCUUCCAGCACCCCCGCAACGACUCCCAGCCUGACAAGGUGUCCAUCCUCCGCAGUACCACCAUCAUCCUCACCCCUGCCUCUGAAAUGGACGUGGCCCUUCAAUUCAGAGGCUUCAUCCACCCAUUGUGGGGUGCGCCUCCUCCGACCCCGCCUCCCACUGAGACAGUGUCGAUGUGGGCUAGGAUCCAAAGACUGCACUUUGAAGCUCGAGUUGGAUCAGGCCCCAACUCCACCCAAAUGGAAGUGGUUGGCCGCUGGGCAGCUCAACAGGAAAAAGAGUUAAAGCUCCUGACACGCCCUGAUGGGAGCAGACUGUUCUCCAACCUGACCAGGGGAAACCACUACCUUGUUCAAGCUGAGGGCUACUUGAACAACUCUGGUUCGGGACAGACGAGCGAGAUGGCCCUGACCUGGAACAGAACUCUUCCAGGAGGAAGUGAGAUCUCCUUCUUGUUCUUAGAACCAUACCGCUCCGGGUCGUGUUCCGGGUACAUGUCUUGUCUGGCGUGUCUCUCUGACCAGUCGUGUGGCUGGUGCCCAUCUUUGUCCCGCUGUCUAAGACGUGAAUUCCCCGACCUUGAACCCUGUCCAGAGGAAGAAAAGGGAGUGGGAAAGUUUAAAUCCCAACGCCAUCUGCUGCUUGCUCCCCAGCAUUGCACCCUGUGCGAAGAAUACAGAGACUGUUCUGCUUGCACUCAGGACCCUUAUUGUGAGUGGCAGAUAAAUUCCAGCAAGAAGGGUGAUUAUCAGUGCAGCCGAAGGGGGCGACUAGAUGGCUCCAUCCGGGACCCGAGGGGUUGUCCAAAAGUCUGCAAUCAGAGGAGGACGUGUGGUGAGUGCCUGUCAAACUCCAGCCAGUGUGCUUGGUGUGAAUCUGCCCAGGCCUGCUUCUACUUUGCUGCCUAUCUCACAAAGUACCCUUUUGGGGAGUGCAGGGAUUGGUAUGAUAGUGUUCAUUCAGUUCCCCAAUGUAAACAAUGCUCAUCAAUAAACACCUGCAAUGAUUGCCUGAAGACAUUCCAAUGUGGCUGGUGUGGUGACUACAAUAACCCCACAAUUGGAAAAUGUCUGAGAGGCGACUGGGCGGGGAUUGACGACUCGUCAGUUUAUAACUGCAGUGUGGCUGUCGCCGAGGUUCGGGCAGCAAACCCUGAGCCACAAACGUCUGCACCACCUCGCCCCCUUGAAAUGGAGCUGGAACUUCUUGAGGACAUUGUGAAUGAAGACCAGGAUGCCAUCUGGUCCUACCCCACCUGCCCUGAUGUGGAAGAAUGCCGAUUGGGUCUCCAUAACUGCCACCCGUUUGCCACUUGCAUCAACACCCCAACCUCUUAUGAGUGCCAUUGUGAGAGGGGCUAUAUGGGGGAUGGCACUUUGCACUGCAACCAGACGUGCUAUAACGAGUGUCGAGAAGGCCUAUGUAGCGGAAGCCCGAGAUUUGAGUGCGAGUGUUCUCUCGGUUGGACAUCUGAUCCAGCAACUCUGGUCCUGAGCGGAGUUGAAUGUGACGUGGACUGUGGAUGCAACUUCCACUCUACUUGCAUCACUGCCCCUGGGAUCUGUGAUGAGUGCCAAGACUGGACAACAGGGCCUCACUGUGAACACUGUCGACCAGGUAGCUUUGGUUCGGCUCUAGCUGGUGGCAGUGGCUGUGUCUCGUGUGAGUGUAAUGGCCAUGGAGAUCCACUACGGGGUUUCUGUCACAACCAGACUGGACAGUGUUACUGCACACACAACACCCACGGGCCUCACUGUGAGUCCUGUCUCCCUGGUUACUAUGGAGACCCCAGGAACAAUGGAACAUGCUACCGCCAGUGCCAGGGACGCUCUGUGCUUCUCUCCUCUACAUCCUCCUUGACCAUUCCCCUUUCCUCAUCUCUGGGAUGGAGGAGUGGAACUGAAGGAAAGGGGGGACUGUCUCAUUGUCUUUGGGUCCUCUCAGUGACAGACAAGCUUUCUCCAUGUCUGCCUCGACAGCUCUGCCCGCCUAUCGCUCUCACUUUACACCCAGACUCCCAUACUAAUUGUAAAAGCUCAUUUGUGUAUGUGUUCGAUGGCCUUCCUCGUUUUCUGGGCAACGGAGUCGUUCACUCGGAUCACAAUCUCAUUGGAGCAUUUUGUGGAACUACGAGAACACAGCCAGUUACUGUGGAGGCCACGUCAGGAGUGAUCUCGGUCUACUUCGAAGCCAAUGUGUCUUCAAACAAACCUCAAGGCUUCAAUGCUUCUUUCUGGGUGCGCCGAUGUCACAGAAGCUCAGAUGAUGGAGAUGAUUCUUCACCGCUGUGUCCUGGUGUGGCCCAGUGUGUAGCUGGUCUUUGUCAGUGUCCUCAGGGAUACGGAGGCCCGCACUGUGACAGGUUGAUGUGUCCUCAGGAUUGUGGUGUUGCAGACGGUCGAGGAACCUGUAAUGUGUCUCUUGGAGUGUGUGUCUGCAAAGACAACUGGACAGGCUCUGACUGCUCAGUUCUUCGCGACUCAAGCAGCCUCAUUUGGGAAACUUUGCUGGACACGCAGAUGACUGUGAACCAGGCCCACAGAUUCCUCCACAGGAUGGGUCAUUCCUUAGUGUCAGGUCCUCAAGCAAAUCUCUGGAUGUAUGGUGGACUCUCUCUAACUGAAGGAAUUCUGGGGAAUGUCUACAGAUAUUCUGUGCUUGAGCGACGUUGGACACAAAUGUUGACUAGCUCUGUGGAAGAAGGUUCCACUCCUCGUCCCAGAUACCACCACGCUGCUGCACUCCUUACCACCUAUGACCCUGACAAUCACUCAGUGAGUCACAGCUUCAUGCUGGUCGUUGGCGGUGUCACUCAGAAUUCUGUUGCUAUGGACACCUGGAGCCUCAAUCUCAGCAGUUUAGUGUGGAAAGAACACAAGAGCUCAGUGCUGCCCCCAGUGGCGGGACACACGUUAACGGUGCGCCGUGACACCUCAGUGUUACUGAUUGGUGGAUACUCACCUGAGAAUGGCUUCAACCACCACUUGCUGGAAUUUAGUCCCCAAACUGGAAACUGGACAAUUGCCCCACACACGGGCACGCCACCUACAGGUUUAUAUGGUCAUUCAGCAGUCUACCACGAACAGACAGAUGCAGUGUUUGUCUUUGGCGGUUACCGUUUCCAUGUGGAGACUGUGGAGCCCUCUGGAGAGCUGUACAGCCUGUACUACCCAAACCUGACCUGGUCUCUUUUGGUCCCAUCUCAGGGAAAUAAGCCGUUCUCUCGUUUUUUCCAUGCGGCCGCUCUGAUUAAAGACACCAUGGUCAUUAUUGGUGGGAGGACUGAAACCGAAGACUAUAGUAACUCGGUGUCACUGUAUCAGGUGAACUGUAAUACGUGGAUACAACCAGUCUCUGCUGUCGGUGAUCCGGUGAAUCGUUCAGUUUCUCUCGCCGUGACAAGCUGGGACGGUCGCCUGUUUAUUUCAGGGGGCUUUAAUGGGGUGACGUUGGGUCGGCUUCUCACCUUAACGGUGCCCUCUGACCCCUGCUCACUGAUGCCCACUCCAGAAACAUGCAACACCACCACUGGCAGCUGCGUUUGGUGCAGAGGCGCGUGUGCGUCUUCAGACAUUGCUGAGAGAAUGAGCUGCACCGCCGGUCCAUCCCCCUGCUCUCCAACUCCUCGCCUGCCUGACCAAUGCCGCAGACUGAAGACAUGCAGUGAAUGUCUAGCUCGACAUCCCAGGACGUUCACCAAUUCUCUACAGCCGGCUCUGCAGUGUAAAUGGUGCACAAACUGCCCAGAGGGGGCGUGCAUCAGCAGCUCUGUCAGCUGUACAUCCGAACACGACUGUCGCAUUAACCAGAGAGAAAUCUUCCUAUCCAGCAACUGCACUGAGACCAGCUGUGAGGCGUCUGACUGCCCCAAGUGCACUGCUUCUGGAAAAUGCAUGUGGACGCGGCAGUUCAAACGCACGGGGGAAACAAGACGGAUUCUGAGUGUGAAUCCCACCUACGACUGGACCUGCUUUAGUUAUGCUCUCCUGAACGUUUCUCCGAUGCAAGUGGAGUCGUCGCCACCUCUGCCCUGUCCUCCUCCCUGCCACACUCUGCUCAACUGCAGCCUCUGUCUGGGCUCACGAGGCUCUGAUGGAGGAUGGCAGCACUGCGUGUGGAGCAUGGCUCUUCAGCAGUGCAUGAGUCCGUCCUUUGUGCCUCUGCGAUGUGAAGCGGGUCAGUGUGGUCGUCUUCUGGCAGGAGGGGACUCCUGCUCUCCUCAGUGUUCCCAGCUCGCCCAGUGCUCCCAGUGCAUUGCCAGGCCUCAGUGUGGCUGGUGUGCGUCACGGGGAGGAAAUGGAGCUGGACGCUGCAUGCAAGGAGGACUUGAUGGUGUAAGCGAGGGAGUGUGUCCCCUGAGAAACAGCAGUUGGUCUUUCCUUCACUGCCCCGAGGAGGACGAGUGUGCCAACGGCCACCACCACUGCAACAGCACGCAGGACUGCCACGACCUUCCCCAGGGUUACCACUGCACGUGUAAACACGGAUACAUCCUCAGCAGUGUGUCCGGUCAGUGUGAGCCAGUUUGUGCGCAGGGCUGCGUCAACGGCACUUGUGUCUCUCCUGGAGUUUGUCAGUGUCACUUUGGCUUCGUGGGCGACAACUGCUCCUCUCAAUGCAGCUGUAACAAGCACAGCAACUGCGCUGGUGUCAAUGAACCAGAUGUUUGCAUUGAGUGCCACAAUAACACCAUAGGUAAACACUGUGAGAAGUGUAAGCCAUUGUUCGUAGGCUCUGCCAAAGGUGGGGGCACCUGUCGUCCAUGCCGAGAGUUCUGCAAAGGGAACAGUGCCGUGUGUCUGUCUAGAGACGAACACAAAAAGGCGAUGGACAAUCCGGGACUGUUCUCUCUGGACCCGAAUAAGAUUAAAGAGUGGGUGUUAGAAGGCCCCACAGAAGAGAAUGCCGUGUGCGUGAGUUGCCAGAACAACAGUGUUGGCGACAAAUGUGAGAGCUGCCUCGGCGGCUACUUUCUGCUGCAAGGGAAGUGUGAAAAGUGUCAGUGUAACGGUCAUGCAGACACCUGCAAUGAGCACGAUGGGACAGGCUGUCCCUGCCAAAACAACACAGAAACCUCCUCCUGUCUCAGCAGCCCUCAGAAUGACAGGAAAGACUGCUACAGACAACAGUGUGCCAAGUGCAAAGACACCUUUAAUGGCACUCCAGUGAACGGGCGCCAGUGUUACCGCCAGUUCCACGUGGACACAGAGUGCUGCUUCGACCCCACAUCCCAGACCAACUGUUUCCAUGACCCGACGAUCCGCAACCUGCCCAGAGGUCGCACAGUGUUCUUCGCGGCUCAGCCUAAAUUCACCAACGUAGAUAUCCGAGUCACUAUCGACGUGACCUUUGGCGAGGUGGAAGUUUACGUGUCCAACUCUCAUGACACCUUCAUCGUGGACGUGGACCGGCCCUCGGGGAUACACACGAUCAAAAUCGAGGAAGAAUCCGUGACUCGUGGAACAACAACCAGCAGCGAGAAGGACUCACCGCCUUCCCCAAUUAAGGUGUUUGCCAAUUCCUCCUCCAGCCUUGGAAGUUCUACACUGUCCCACUCGCCACUGCAGCUGCAAGCUAAGUCCCAGAGUGCUGAGCGAGAGAUCAGAAAGGAGUAUGUUAAAGGCUUGAUCACCUAUAUCACUGUGUGGAAACCACAGACUGUGCUGAUCGUUCACGGGGUCCGGGAUCGCGUGGUCAUCACUUUUCCUCAUGAGGUCCAUUCACUGAAAUCCAGCCGCUUCUACAUUGCUCUCAGAGGAGUGGGCACAGAGGAACGACAGGGAGAGUCCCAGGGACUGCUCUUCCUGCGGCAAGACCAGGCCCACAUUGAUCUCUUUGUUUUCUUUUCCGUUUUUUUCUCCUGUUUUUUCCUCUUCUUGUCCGUCUGCGUCCUCCUGUGGAAGGUCAAGCAGUUCCUGGACUUCCGUCGGGAGCAGCGCCGUCACAUCCAGGAGAUGACCAAGAUGGCCUCGAGGCCCUUUGCUAAACUGACCAUAUACUUGGAGCCGGAUGAGCCGCAACUCAUCUACCUGCCUUCUUCUGGAGGUGGAGGCACUGUGUCGCUUGCGCACACCCGCACUGGCAAACUAGGAGGGGUGAUGGUGGGACAGAGGGGCCGAGCGGGGGCUGUGUCAUACAAACAUGAAAUGGGUUCCGGACCCACGGCUCACCACCACCACCACCUCACCAUGACUGGGAGUGGCAACAGCGGCCAGCACCUGCCGCUGCACUACUUGAACACCCACCACUACGCCAGCACCACCACUGGCACCCAGUCCUCACUCCAUCACCAUCCGUCCACUUACAGCGGCUACCAGCACUUCUGCCGGUCGGACCCAUUUCUGUCUCAGCUGAUGGGAUUCUCCUACUCCACCUUUAAAGUCGGGCCCAUCACUCUGGAGCCCACAGACGACGGCAUGGCGGGCGUGGCCACCGUGCUCUUUCAGCUGCCUGGGGGAGUCCUGGCUCCCAACCGUGCCUGUUUGGGCUCCGCUCUGGUGACCUUGCGCCAGAACCUUCAAGAAUACUGCGGCCAUGGCAACGGAGGGGGGCAUCCCGGCACCAGUGCGGGGCGCAAAGGUCUACACCAACACCUCACCACUAUGGCGAUGUAGGAUAAAAGUAUUCAGCUAGUCACGAUUGCUAAAACAUGUUUUUCUCGCACCUUAUCUGUUUCAGAGCUGUCAAUCAUUUCCCUUCAGCUUUUUAGAUCUGACGCAGCUCUGAUUCUUAUAGAAAACAUGCGAAGCAUUAGUUCAAGUAUUGUUUCCAAAUUAAAGCUCAUUCUCUCAGCUCGGUGACAGGAUUUCCACCAUAUCAACAACUGUUCCAAACUACUGAGUAUGUGGUUCAAAUGUUUUAUUUUGAAGAAGCAAUUCUUAAAGACCAUACAAUAUUUAUGUUUAACGGCAGAUACAGAAUCACCUGCGCCGAGUGAGAGUUGUACAUAACUGCGUUGCUAAGUGUCUUUCUGUGUUCGGUAUGGCUUUACUGUGUUUGGGUGUGUCACAUGACUCGGCCAGCUGUCGGUGGCAUGCAGUAGACCACCGUGUCCAGUCUGAGCAUCCACACGACAGUCGGUCUCGUGGAAGACUGAAGCCAAGACUGAGGCACGUGGGAAGUAUUCACUCGCUCGGGAACCAACUUGUGCUUUAAACACAGUAACAAACAAUCACAGUCCCACUGAGGGUCAGUGCUGAAAAACAAAGUUGCUUGUUGUAUUAUAUUACGAGGGACUGGACAUUGUAUCCUUCAGUAGUCCAUGAUGUCACCAACCUGAUACUUCAUCUCUUCACAUAGGUCAAAAGUUAAGAAUGGAAAACCGUGAACAUUUAAUUCAAUUUGUCGAAGUUAAGCGGCGAGGAAUGUCUUCAUGGUUUUGAGUUGUCAACACUGCAUACUGUGGUAUGGUGAGCCUGAAAUCACUUUUUAUUCAACACUAAUUCCAUAAACUGACUGAGUAUACAUUCACAUCAAAUGUAGAGUUAUCACUUUGAAAAUACUCAUAAAUUGUUCUUCCUUUCAGCCCACAAAAAUUCCUCAACAAAAAUAUAGAUUUUUUUGUCAAUGGAUUUUUAGCAUAAAAUCAUAUCUGCUACUUUGUGGUACCUGGUUCUCUUAUUCAUUUCUGCUUGUUAAAGGAAAUGGUCGUCCACAAACGUGCUGUUACAUUUCUGCUGAUGCCUUCACUUCUUGCCUUCUCUGUGAGUAGUCAGGCUUUCACUUCGUACUUAUUUGAUGAGGAGACAGGAUCAUGUGUUGGCUUUAAUAUACGUUGUUGGUGAUUGUUAAAAAUGAAAACAUGAAGGUGGUCGGAUUUUACGUCAUGAUCACGCUUUCAGGAUUUUGUGGACAUAUGUAAGAAGAGAUGUCUGUUUGUGUUGUGUGAUAUUUGUUCAUGUCACAUUUAAACAUAUUCAUGGGACCUACCAGAAAAUUCAAUAUUGAUACAUAGGUAUGUCAGGUAUGAGGCUUUAUGAACAAAGGGUAAAGAUAUUUUCAUUUUUACUUUUAAAUUCAAGAUGUUCAAGAGUUAAAAUCUUCUGUUACAAGACUGAAAGUGAAAGACUGGAUCUGAAUGUUCUAACAGUGAGAGUGGAUUGGUUUUUUUUUUUCCCCUCAUCUCUUCUGUAAUAUUAUUUUGCACUGCGCGGAGGAGUUGUGUCCCAAUUUCAAGUGGACUGCUUCAGAGUCUGUCAGAGGUCGGAUGAAACACUGAAUGGUGCUACUGGAGUUUAUCAAUUGUACAAAAACGCUUUGUGAUGAUAUGAAUCCUGAGAAUAUAUAGACAAGCUUAACUCUAUACUUCACGUCACUAUUUAUAGCAGAGAAGUCGCAAAUGAACAUUUUGUGUUGUAUUGUCUGAUUUUUGAAAAAAAAAACGUAUUUUGUACAUAAUUUGUGUUGAGUUUUGUUUUCAAAGAAGGGAACAGUUUGUACUGGAGGUUGCUUCAGAAUGUCUGCUGAUAUAGCUGAAAUAAAUUCUGUGAAGCUCAA